AGCCAUAAUUCCAGCUCGUUCUCUCUCUCUCUGGCAUUUCAAGAAAACCAUGCUUCCCGAAUCAAUUCAAAGAAUCCACCAUUCUCAAACCUCAAUUCAAGAAAUAAUUAAUUAAUAAUACUCAUAAUAUUUUCUAGAGAAAAGAAAAAAAAGAGAAAAUCGAAAGAGAUAUACCAAAUGGGAGCAUACAGAGCGGACGAUGAUUACGAUUACUUGUUCAAGGUAGUCUUGAUUGGAGAUUCUGGCGUUGGCAAAUCCAAUCUCUUGUCUCGUUUUACCAGAAAUGAAUUCAGCCUUGAAUCCAAAUCCACCAUUGGCGUCGAGUUCGCCACCCGCAGCAUCCACGUCGAUGAUAAGGUCGUCAAGGCUCAGAUUUGGGAUACCGCCGGCCAAGAAAGAUAUCGAGCCAUCACAAGCGCAUACUAUAGAGGUGCUGUGGGAGCUUUACUAGUAUAUGAUGUAACUCGCCAUGUAACAUUUGAAAAUGUUGAAAGAUGGCUAAAGGAGCUUAGGGAUCAUACAGAUACCAACAUUGUGAUAAUGCUGGUAGGAAACAAGGCCGACCUGCGUCAUCUCCGAGCUGUUGCCACUGAUGAUGCCAAAGGAUUUGCCCAACGUGAGAAUACCUUUUUCAUGGAGACAUCUGCUCUUGAAUCCCUGAAUGUGGAGAAUGCAUUCACUGAGGUGCUGACCCAGAUCUAUCGAGUCGUAAGCAAGAAGGCUCUUGACAUUGGAGAUGAUCCAGCAGCUUUGCCUAGAGGACAAACAAUUAAUGUUGGAGGCAGAGAUGAUGUGUCAGCUGUUAAAAAGGCUGGAUGUUGCUCAUCUUAAUUUUUGAAACUUUUCCUCAUAAAUUUCAUCUUUGAAUAUAUUGGGAAGCUUCAUUAUUAAGAGAGCUUAAAGAUUAGACUCCCAACAACAUAUUUAUGAUAUUGUACAUCAAAACCAGCAGAAAGUUUGUCCCUAGACCAGCUAACAUUGUGUCUUCAUCUUCCUUUUUCUUGGUAACUGCAAAGCAAAGAUCCAUCAUUGGCCUUAUUUGAUUGAGUGUAAUUCAAAAGUAACCAAGUUUUCA